AUGGAAUUUCGAGGGCGAUCGGGUGAGGAAGAUGACCAACUAGAACUAAGCACCAAAAAGGUGAAAGCGGCAGCUGGGCCGGCGGAUGGGCAAGCACAACCUAUGCUUUCUUUCAAGGAUGCGAUGAUGGGUGGUAGAGGGAUCCCGUCUCCUGGGGCUGGUUAUGAUGAGUUUGGCUCUCUAGAGUCUGAUGAGGGAUUGAUUCAUAUUGCGGAAAGAGAUGGCUGGCCCUUGAUUUCCCUCUCAGAGAACUUCAAGGCUCAGAUCCGCCGUCAAUGGGAGGACUGCCUUAUUGUGAAGCCGUUGGGCAGAAACAUCUCUUAUAAUGUGCUUUGUGACCGAUUACACAAGUUGUGGUGUCCUAAAGGGGAUUGGGACCUCAUUGAUGUAGGACAUGGCUUCUGUAUUGCGAAAUUCUCUUCUCUGGAAGAUUUGAGGUAUGUUAUGGAUGAAGGGCCUUGGACUGUUUUUGGGCAUUAUCUGACGAUGCGCCGUUGGCAACCAGAUUUCACCCGCUUUCUGCAACUAUCGAGUCCACUGCAGUUUGGGUUCGAUUUCCGAGUUUGCCUAUUGAAUAUUUUAAACCAAGACUCCUUAUGGCAAUGGGUAAUACUCUUGGCAAGGCUAUCAAAGUGGAUACAACUACAAAGUAUGCCUCCAGAGGGAGGUUUGCUCGGGUUUGCGUCGAAGUGGAGUUCAGUAAGCCUUUGGUGCCGAAGAGUUGGCUUGCGAGGCCCUUGUGCUUUUUGCCCUCAGGUUGAUGAGUCAAAUGUUAAUCCGGUGGAGAAUGGGGUGAAGCAGCAGGGUGUCACCAAUGAUGGUAGUCUACAGCAAGGGAACAUUGUUGGUGGUGGUGCACAACGUGAGCCUACGGUGAACCCACCCACAGGAGAUUUUGGGCCAUGGAUGAUUGCACAAUCACGUAAACCUAGGAGGAAUGUUAAUCACAUCCCCAAAUCUCGGGUCCCCUUAAACUCGGGGAAGGAUGAUAGGGAAGUUGAGGCUUGGGCUCAGGGUGUUUAUAAGGCUAGUGGUACAUCUGCAGGGCCUAAGGCUGGGGUUAACAAGGCCCAGAAGCUACCAAGGAAAACUAUUAAUGUUGGGCCGAGCAAUGUUAAUAAGAAGGCAGUGGAUUCUAAUAAAGCAGUGGGUUUUAAAGAGGUUGAAGCUAUUAGAUCUUCUGUGCAUCAAAGUUCUUUGAGAGUCAAUGCGGUGAUAGAAAAAGUUGUGAGAACAUCCCCUGCAAGGGUUGGAGAGAAUAGUGAUUUUGCAGAGCUUACUCAUGAUGAUGCGAUGGAGGAUACUUUUCACUCACCAGAAUUGGAUGUAGGCCGUGGAGCAGGAAACAAGAAAUUUCGUCGCCACGUUAUUGACAUGAUAAAUAUUUAUAAGUCAUCUAUAAUGGCGGUUGUAGAACCAAGAGUAUCAGGUGCUACGGCUCGGAGAGUGCUUCGAGAAUUGAGGAUGCCGAAAUUUCAUAUAGCAGAUCCAGAAGGUUUUGCAGGAGGGAUCUGGUUAUGUUGGGAGGAAUCUAUCUUGAGUUUGGAGGUUGUGUUUUCUUCAUCACAAAUGGUUCAUGCUUUUGUUCAGAAGCCGGGUAUGUCUAAGUUUCUUUUAACCAUCGUUUAUGCUAGUCCCAUAUUGGAGAUUCGUAGACGGCUAUGGUCCUCGAUGGUGGAUUUUUCUGAGUCAGUUGAUGUUCCUUGGGUUGUGAUGGGGGAUUUUAAUGAUGUAGCGAACAGCAGUGAGAAGCUUUGUGGUCAAGCUCCGUCAAUUGGUAGAUGUUUGUCUUUUAAUGGUAUGAUUUUAUCUUGUGGUUUAAUUGAUUUGGGUUUCAAUGGUCCUAGUUUUACUUGGUAUAAUAAGAGGAAAGGUUUGGCUCGUGUUCAAGAGAGACUGGAUAGGGUCUUGGCCAAUGCUAAUUGGCGUCUUUUAUUUCCUGAUGCUAUGGUGCAACACUUACCCCGCCUGCAUUCGGAUCAUUGUCCAAUUUUGCUCUAUUCUUGGGCCAAUUUCGAUGGAGAUAUUUGUGGCAAAGGAGAGAAACUGGCUGAGCUGCUUCAAGCUUGGAAUAAAGAUGAGUUUGGAAAUAUCUUUGAGCGUAAAAAGCAGCUACGAGCUCGUAUUGCUGGCUUACAAUGCUCUUUAUCUUUACACUAUUCUCAUCAACUUCAAAUGCUUGAGACUGAUUUGCUUCGAGAAUAUAAUCAGAUUUUACAACAGGAGGAAACCUUUUGGGCUCAAAAUUCUAGGGUCCAGUGGCUUCAACAAGGGGAGAAAAAUACCAGAUUCUUUCAUUUAUCUACUAUUUGUCGUCGGCGAAGGAAGAGAAUUUCCAUGCUACGUAAUAAUGAUGGAAAAUGGGUCACAGAAAACGCCCCGCUCCAAACUCUUGUUCUCAAUUUCUAUCGGGGUUUAUAUGCUAACGAGGAGGGGGAGAGAGUUGCAUUGGAAUCGUUAUUACAGCCUACUAUUUCUCCAAUAGAUGUAGGUAAAUUGACUCAUGAUAUAGCGCCAAGUGAAGUGCGAGCGGCUCUUUUUCAAAUGAAGCCAUGGAAAGCUCCUGGUGUUGAUGGAUUUCAAGCUGGGUUCUUUCAGAAUUGUUGGGAGUCAGUUGGACAAGAUUUGUUGGAUCUAGUUCAAGAUGCAUUUCGAACGGGUUCCUUUAAUGUGAAUUUAAACCAAACACUUAUUGUGUUAAUUCCGAAUGUCGGAAAUCCGGAAUAUGUAAAGCAAUUUCGCCCUAUCAGUUUGUGUACUGUUGCUUACAAGUUGAUUAUAAAGGUGCUGGUGAAUCGUUUGAGACCGUUACUAGGUGACUUGAUUGGUCCGCUUCAGUCGAGUUUUAUUCAUGGUAGGCAAGCAGCUAAUAACAUCUUUAUUGCUCAGGAGAUGAUUCAUACUAUUAAGAAAUCCAAAAGUAAGAAUGGUUUGAUGGCCAUCAAGAUUGAUUUGGAGAAUGCUUAUGAUCGUUUGAUCAUGUUUUGCGUGGAGAAUGCUUCUAUGUCAGUAUUAUGGAAUGGUGAGAAAACUGAAUUUUUUCAACCUGGGAGGGGACUUCGUCAAGGCGAUCCCAUCUCUCCAUACUUGUUUGUCUUGUGUAUGGAACGACUUGGACAUCUUAUCUUACAUGAGGUCCAAAAUGGUUCGUGGAAGCCUAUUGUAAUGGGAAGGGGAGGCCCUUCAAUAUCUCAUCUCUUUUUUGCAGAUGAUUUAUUUCUCUUUGGCCGUGCAACUGAGCAGCAAGCUAAUGUUAUUCGUCAAGUGUUGGAUGCUUUCUGUGAUGCUUCGGGUGCGAAAGUUAGCCUUGAUAAGUUUAAGCUCUAUAUUCCACCCCAAGGUUUAGGCGGAAUGCUCAAAAAGGUUGUCAAAGGCACUUUUCGUGAACUAGUGGAUAAGGUGAGUAAUCGGUUAAAUGGAUGGAAGUGUAAAUUUUUAAGCUUGGCUGGUCGAGCUACUUUGGUCAGCUCAGUUACUAGUUCAAUUCCCACUUAUUCAAUGCUUACUACAAAGAUCCCGCAAGGUGUUAUUGCUAAGUUGGAUUGCUUGAACCGCCGCUUUCUAUGGGGUGGUAGUGAAGACAGGAGAACAAUUAAUCUUGUUCGUUGGGAAGAGGUGUGUAAGCCGAAAAUCUUUGGGGGUUUAGGCCUUCGUAGUAUGGAGUUUCAUAAUAGGGUUCUACUGCAAAAGACGGCUUGGAGAUUUUUAAUGGAGCCGGAUAGUCUUUGGGUAAGGCUUUUAAAAUCUAAAUAUGCUAUUCCGGAUGAUGUUGUUAGCUUUGUCAAGACUAAUGUGAGUAAGCCCCUGUGGUCUUAUUCGUGGAGAGGCUUAUUUGGUGCUCUCUCGGAGCUAAUUAGGGGGUUGAAAUGGCGCAUUGACUCGGGUUCAAAUGUUUGUUUUUGGACAGAUGUUUGGCUUGAGAAACCCAUAGUGACGAGUUUUGCUGUGGUUCCUCCUUAUGUGAACAAUGAAGCACGGGUAAGUGAUUUUAUUGAUGGGGAUGGGCAGUGGAAUUCUGAUCUUAUUUUUGCCCAACUACCAUUAGAUACCGCUAUGCAAGUUAUUGGCUAUCCACUACCGCGGGUUAUGGCGUUGGAAGACUCGCAUGUAUGGGCUAGUACAGCUAAUGGAAAGUUUACUACACCAUCAGCCUAUAUGAAUUUGCUGCAAGAGGUUGGUAUUAAUCUAUCAGGUUAUCUGACUUGGUUGUGGAAAUUAAACAUCCCUUCACGAUGGAUUUUUUUCCUUUGGCUUGCUUGGCGUGGUCGUUUGGUAACGAAUGGUCUGCGCUUUAAUUGGGGAAUGGCUGCUAGUGCAUCAUGUGUUUUGUGUGGUGCGCCUGUGGAAGGUGAGGGAAGCAGUACAGGUGGAUAG